AUGGCCCAAUUUGUCCUCGUCAACGUUGUUGUGGCUGUACUUAUGAAACACCUAGAAGAAUCCCACAAACAAAUGGAAGACGAAAUCGAUAUGGACGUUGAACUCGAGCGUGAACUGGAAAGAGAAGCAGAUGAUGAAGAAGACAGAGCUCUUUGCAGAGCACUUGAAGAAUGUACAGCUCCCCCUCGGCCUUUAAAUAAGGUACCUUCUUUGCCCGCUAAUUUUACAUACAGUGAACCAAAACAUCAGAUCAUACCAUCUCCACGCCGCCGAAAAACAUUACAUUCUCAUCACGCUUUAUUGCCAGUUGCUCUUCCACAAAGAAGAGCCUCACUAUCUCCUCAUGCCUUUAGCAGACGGCGACAGGAAUCGACAACAGAUGCUCCUGCUUUAUAUGAAGAAGAUGCCCGAUUCAUAGAUGCAGACGAUGUGGAUGAAUUAGAGCCAGGAAGCCCCCCAAGACGAGACUCUUUCGCCCAAAAUCGUAGACAACGAGUUGAUAAGAGAAGUUCACUUCGGAGUGAGGAAGCCAGAUUGCUUCGUCCAGCUCCAGUGUUACUUGCAGUUCCUUCUACCAGACAGAGCUUAAGAGAUAAGACAAAGCGUAGACUUUCCACAGAAUCUGCGACGCCAAGUGAGGUGAGUCGCGCUUCAUUUCGGUCAAACGCAGAAAGGUCCGAUCCUUCUAUAACAGAGGAGGAAAAAAUUAGAAAUGUCAUAGCGGAAAGAAGGAAAAUAGACCCCGUGCGACCAGAACCUGAUGACAUAGUGGAGUUAUCAGAGCGUGGUUCCUAG